AUGGCGGACGACGACGGCAACACCUCCUCUCUGGGCGGGCUGUGGAAGAACUUUCGCGAGAACUCCUCCGCGCACGGCAUCCCCCGGACCAGCACGGCUACAUCCAUGGUCCGCCGGGUGAUGUGGUCGCUGUUGUUCCUCGGGGCCUGUGCGUACUUCAUCUUCCAGUUCCACGGCCUGAUGGUGAAGUACUUCAGCUACCCGGUGGUCACGAACGUGGAGAUCCUGUUCGAACCCGAGGUGACGUUUCCUGCCGUUGCCGUCUGUAACCUCAACGCCGUCAGACGCUCCAAACUCAACCUCUCCAGAUCUGAAUCUGAAGACGUCGUCGCGCCGGACACCAGACCCUGGGACCACUGCUACGGAUCAGGAUACGACCGGCACUGCAACAGAAACCAGGGGUUCGCGGAGUACUGCACCAGAGCAGACUACACUGCCGUCGAACACUAUGAUGGGGACUGCUCCGACAACACACAGUAG